AUUGCGCUGGCCAUACUUAUGCAGCCUUUUGGCCACUAGAGGCCUCUAUCAUUCUCUAUGUUGGUGCUAACUUUGUUCUUCAAGGCUGACUGAACAAGGGUUCUAUGGAAGAGAUGUCAGGAAUAAGUGCGGUGAGCUCGGCGUUGCCAGCGGCUACAACCCGUACCACCUCCUUCAAGGGCUCAUGCCCCAGCUCGAAGUAUGUGAAGCUGAAUGUGGGCGGGGUGCUCUACUACACCACCAUGCAGACCCUUACCAAGCAGGACACCAUGCUCAAGGCCAUGUUCAGUGGCAGGAUGGAGGUCCUCACAGACAGUGAAGGCUGGAUCCUUAUUGACAGGUGUGGGAAGCACUUUGGGACCAUUCUGAACUACCUGCGUGAUGGUGCUGUACCUCUGCCUGAGAUCCGGAGAGAGGUCGAAGAGCUCCUGGCAGAGGCCAAGUACUACCUGGUGCAGGGGCUAGCUGACGAGUGCCACGCUGCCUUGGAGAACAAAGAUAUGUAUGAGCCCUUCUGUAAAGUGCCUUUGGUCACAUCCUCAAAGGAAGAACAGAGACUCAUCUCUACCUCCAAGCCCACAGUCAAGCUGUUAUACAACAGGAGCAACAACAAGUACUCUUACACCAGCAACUCCGAUGACAACAUGCUGAAGAACAUUGAGCUGUUUGACAAGCUCUCUCUGCGCUUCAACGGCCGUGUGCUCUUCAUCAAGGACGUGAUCGGGGAUGAGAUCUGCUGCUGGUCGUUCUAUGGGCAGGGCCGUAAGAUCGCUGAGGUGUGCUGCACCUCCAUAGUCUACGCUACAGAGAAGAAACAAACCAAGGUGGAGUUCCCAGAGGCUCGUAUCUAUGAGGAGACCCUUAACAUCCUGCUUUAUGAGUCUCAGGAUGGGCGUGGUCCAGACAACGCUCUACUGGAGGCUACAGGAGGCGCUGCAGGCCGAUCCCAUCAUCUGGACGAGGACGAGGAACGGGAACGCAUCGAGAGGGUGCGCCGCAUCCACAUCAAACGYCCCGAUGACCGCACCCACCACCACCAGUAACUAUACCAGCCAACCAGCAUUACCAGGAUCCGCAGACCUCACCAGUGACCAUUACCCAUCACUGAGAUCACMCUACCGGUAUACCCACAGAUAAUCUCACAUCCUUGACAUUGACCACAAGCGACUUCUGUGCUUCUGCACCACAGCCACUUAUGAACUGUUGCUAGUUUGAUAUCAUUAUAAGUAGAACAUGAUUUUGAUGUUCUGUCCCAAAUGGGCAUAUCAGUGUUUUCUAAACCGUCGUCUUUUUAUCAGUGGUCAAAAUGUAUUUUACCGCCUUUAUUUCCAUAUGUUUUGUCUUUGUAUGUAUGUAUGUAGACAUGUUACUUGUGCCCAGUAGAGAUAUUGUGCCUUAAGUCUGUGGGUGUACGUGCUGCUUACAAUCUUUAUCAUGAUUUACUUUAUCACGUCACUACAACAUUGCUUUGAAGUUCAGCUAUGUUUCACAGUAUAGCUAGUUCAGGUCAAUUGCAUUUAAAGGAUUCUAUACAUUAUGUACAAUGUGGAACAAUACAUUUUCCUACCACAGCAGUUUUAGAUAAAAACAUUUUUUAAUAAAAAUACAUAUUCAUUAGUUUGAAUAAGUGAUAUGUAAACUGUAUAACAGCAUUUUAUCUUGUGUUUAGAAAUUGGGUGCUUCUAUUUUCUGUAUGUACUCAUUUCGUCCAGCAGAGGGUGUUGUGUACAAAGACACUGAAAGGUGUGAUAUAUUARGUUGACGUUACCUCUAGAUGGUGAUCUUCGGUCAGUUUUGUAGUUCCCCCACUAAUGAUUAAGGAUUUUUGGAGGGGAAGCUGAUCCUAGAUCUUUGCCUACGGGAACUUAACCCUGAAGCGAUAAGUUUACAACCCACCUCUGAAUUGUAAGUGGUAUGAAUAAAGCCACCUUUUCUACCGUAGUCAACGAUUAAUGAUCUUUUGGCAUCAUGUAUGAAAUCUGUUUUUCUUCUGUGUGAUAAAAUGGAUGUCAUUGCUGCCUGUUACAAAAAUAAUUGGRGGGUGAUGUGGUUACAAGACAAAACUGGUUUUGGAAGAUAGAUCACAGCUGAAGAGACAAAGCAACUCUAGACAUAGUGUAAAAUUGUGACAUUCUUUGCAAUCAUUUCACAUGUACAAGUGUCUUUUGCACUGUAUUUAACACAUUUUUCUUACAAUAAAGAUGUUUAUGAAUA